CAAUGUCAUUUUGACAACUAUAGUAAAAUUAUGUUCUUAGGUGUAUCACAAAAUUUAUCAUUACAAUAGGUGAUAAUUUCUGUUCAGAAUCAUUUGAGUACAUUAUUAAUGAAAAUAGAUUUCUUACCGUACGACUUUUUUGCACAAUUCUUCAGUUCAUAUCAUAUAACCUAUCAAGGUUCCCAUAAAUAAUUGAAUGAAGCAAAAAAUCAAAUCCUUUUCCAUGAUGAUAUUUCAAUUAGUGAGAAAUUUUCAUACAAGUCAUUGUUAUCGAGCUGCGGAGUCUUCACUUUUAGCAAAAUUAAGAAAAAAGACGGGAUAUACCAUUGCUAAUUGUAAGAAAGCCCUUGAAAUGCACAACAAUGAUUCCGACAAGGCCGAAUCGUGGCUGAAUGAUCAAGCACAAGCCAUGGGCUGGGCUAAAGCAACUAAGCUUGCUGGUCGUAAAGCACUUCAAGGACUCGUGGCAGUAAAAUUUGAUAAGAAUCAUGGAGUUUUAGUGGAACUAAACUGCGAAACAGAUUUUGUUGCAAAAAAUGAUAAAUUUCAUAAAAUGCUUGAAGAUACUACACUUGCUUGUUAUAAGUUUGCACAUACAAACUUAAAAUCAAAAGGACCUAUAACAAAGCUAGAAUUAGAUAGUGAGCAGUUGGGAAACCUUUCAUCUGAUGGAGGUAAAAAGCUUUCUGAAGUAUUAGCACUGUUCAUCGGAGCUGUUGGUGAAAAUGCUGUUCUACGUCGUGCAGAAUGUUGGAAAGCAAAUAGCGAUGAUGUGAAAAUAACAGCUUACACUCACCCAGCACCUACAGAUGCAAGUGAUUAUUCAAGUGGUAAAUAUGGAGCUUUGCUGGCUUACAAACAACCCAAUGAUGUUGAAGAUAUUGGAAAACAGAUUUGUCAACACAUUGUUGGUUGUGCACCAAGAAAAAUUGGUGAUAAAGAAAAAGACAAACCAGCAGAGAAUUCUGAUGACGAAACAUGUCUCAUUUUUCAAGAAUAUUUAUUGGAUCCAUCAUUCACAAUGGAAGAGGUGCUAGAAAGUAAUAAAAUUGAAAUUUUAGAUUAUGUUAGGUUUUCUUGCGGGGAGGUAGUAGAAGAGAAUAUGCCUGGUGUUGAAAAACAGCCCCUAGAUACAGUUCAAACUUUGCAGUAAUAAAAUUGUUGUUAGAAAACGAGCAUAUUUAUUAAUAAAGAUAGUUUCACUCUCAAAAA